AUGGUUGCACGACGUGCAAACCAAAGAGACCGGCGGGAGGGCGCGGCGGGAGGGUUUUCUUCGGCGGAGGACGAAAAUGAAAAAGAAAAAGCUCCCUUUCAACCGCCCGAUGAACCGAUUUUCUCGAAACCGAUAUUGGUCGGUCGUCUAGUUUCAAAUCGAUCGAUGGUGGGCGCAGAAAAGAGCUCAAGUUCAGUCAAUGUCAGGUCUGGUCUGUGUAAGGUCUGGUCCGAGAAAUUCGUCAGUAUCCGACGCGCAUCAGUCGGCGUAUCAACCCCGCACGUCAUGGCGUUCGCGGCCUCGCGGAUGGAGCUCGAGCUCUGCUUCGAAGACGUCGCGAGGAACGUCUUCGGGAACGAAGACGGCACGAUGACGCGGCCUCAACUCGCGGCGAUCCUCGGCGCGGACACCGGCCUCGCGCUGAAACCCGCGGAGCUCAAGGUGUUCAUCUCCGAAUUCGACGUCAAAGAGCGAGUCACCGCGGAGGUGUUCUGCGCGAUUUACUCAUACCUCGCGUCCCGUCCGGCGACGCCCGCGCCCGCGGAGUGGGCGAUCGACUGCGUCAAGGCGGCGUUCGAGAAGUGCGGACCCGCGGGCCCGGACAAAGAGGUGGACAAAGAACUCCUCGUCUCCGAGCUCGAGGGGAUGAACCUCCGCGACAAGGGCCCCGUGAUCCUGGCGAGCGUUAAGAAGAAAGCGCCCGCGGUCGUCGACUGGCCCACCGUCGAGAAGCUCGCGCGCGCGGGCAUCGGCCUCGUCGCGGGGCCGGAGGACGCGUCCGCGACGGGAGGCGGCGGCGACGCGGGCGCGGCGGGAGGCGGCGACGCGGGCGCGGCGGCGGGCGCGCCCGCGCCCGACGCGGUCGCCGCGGCGACCGCGUUUCUCUCGCAGCCUCUCGCGCGGCUCGUCGCGGCGGCGGGCGCGACGUUUCCGCCCGAUCACGUCGUCAACCCGAACCCGUCCGCGGGGUCGACGCUCACGGAGGUGCUCCUGCGCGACGACGCCGGGCUCGACGCGUCCGCGGCGCCGCUCACGCCGUCGCCCGGCGGGGACUGGCGCGCGUACGACGGAGGCGGGCAGUACGAGAACAUGCCGUUUCUGGGCGCGGCGGGCGCGCCGUUUUCGCUCUGCGUGAAAUCGCACCGCGUCGUCAAGGCGUCGGCGAAGCUCCCGUCAGCGCGCGAGGUGGUGACGCGCCUGCACGUGCGACGCGCGGACAGUCCGUUCGUGACGCACCCGAACGACGUCAACGCCGUCUUGCUCGCGUUCGCGACGCUCGUGGCGAACGAGCUCGGGCUGGGCGGCGACGUCCGCGGGAAGGCGCACGCGCCGAGAAACGAGAAGUCGUCGUACCUCGACCUGCAGGCGCGUGCUGCGCGAGCGCGCGUUUCUUCGCCCACACACCCCUCGGUUUCAACGUUCGAUCGCGUCGCCUUUCGACUGACCGAUGAAUCGCCCCGUCCCGCAGUCUCUGUACGGCGCGUCCGAGGCGGAGGCGAUGGCCUUUCGCGAGAAGACGGGAGGGCGCGUGCUCGCGAUCGCGGGGAAUAA